AUGGUACAUGGCCUCAACACAACGCCGUACCGAUCAUUCAGCGCGUACGCGGAGCAGGGGAACACAAGCUCUCGGCUCGUCAAUUGGCUGAGCGAUGACGAUAUGCUCUUGGCCGUCGUCAAAAAGCGCCGGCCCAGAAUCUUCCCGUACCACUGGAAUGCCAACACCUUCAUCGAUGCUUCGAUCGAGUCGAUCCAUGGAGCACGCACCAAAGAUGAGACAACCCAUCUUCCCAUCGUCUUCAUCGCCUGCUGCUAUGGCGGUCUUCUGCUGGCCAAGGCUCUAGUGUUAGCCUCGAGGAGACCGGCCACCUCUCUUGAGCAGUCCAUCCUCGCCGGGAUCAAAGGAAUUGCGUUUCUCGGCACGCCGUUCUGCGGGUCUGAAGGCGUAGAAGCCACCGAAAUCCGCGUCAUGGUUUCCGCUCUUUUCGGCGUAACCUCUUCCGACGUGCUUCUCAGGGUGCUCGACAAUAAGCCGGGCGACAGGGACGAGCUCACUGUCGCUUUCGCAACCCUGCGAAAGAUCCCCAUUAUCAUGUUCUACUAA